UACUUUCAAUGUAAUUUAAAUUUCCCAUGUACUUUAAUUUACUUUUUCAUUGUACUUUCUUUAUUCUCUUUAAUUUCCGUGAUUUUAUAGCAAAAGUGACUAUCAAUAAGUGACGGAGACUACUUUCUUUUUAUGAAGUAACAGUUGAAUUGCAAAGUAGCGAUUUUCAACGGAGAUUAAUUGGAGCAACCUCUUCAAAUUCUACUCGGAUCAAUCUAUAGAUAAAAUCAUGACCGUUGAAUUAUGUUGAACUGACGGUUGCCAUUAAUCAUCCACCUACGUUAUCUACACCAGUACACCCCCUCUCUUCUCCAUUGCAGCAGCUUCAGAGGAAGUAACUAUGAAAACGGACCUUUUCUCCCUCGGCCCCGGGCGGCCACCCCUCUUGCCCGGCUCGGAGACGGGCCUGAUACUAUUACUAAAUUUCAUGGUAUAGGAGCAAGAUUAUGGGGGGUUUGUUUGCUAAAUUGGUCCGAAAGACGACGAAAGUCUGUCAAUUUUAAGACUAUGGUUGGUAGUAUUGAAAAUAGGUUGGUUUCUCAGCAAGGUGGGAUUCCAUUUAUUGAAGAUGAAGGUGUGGCACAGCAAUUGUAUCAUACGUUGGGUUCGAAAGGGGGUGAGAUGAAAUUAUGCUAUUUAGAGGAAAGGGAUGAAGGGGAAUUGUCUAAACGAAUUUUGGGUCUUAGUCGAACCAAUAAGAGAAAGAGUGCUUUGCAAUUGUUUAGGUCGAUGGAGUUUGCUGGAUUACGGCCUGAUUUACAUGCCUGUAAUUCUUUAUUAGCUUGUCUUUUGAGGAAUACGAUGUUGGAUGAUAUGCUGAGAGUGUUUGCAUUCAUGAAACGUGAGAAGAUAAUUUCGGGGCAUUCAUGUAGUUUAGUAUUGAAAGCAGUUGCAAGUUAUCGCGGUAGUGAUAUAGCCUUGGAAAUUUUUGAUCAAUGGGAGAUUGAAAGUGAGAUGAAGCAAUGUUUUGAUGCGAUUGUUUAUAAUACUAUGAUGUCUAUAUGCGCUAAGGAGAAUAAUUGGGUUCAAAUGGAGAGGAUAUGGAAUGCUAUGAAGGGAAAUGGGGUUAUUGGGACGGAAGUUACUUAUCGUCUACUUGUUUGUACAUUUGUCCGUUGUGGUCAGUAUGAGAUGGCUAUCCAGGCCUAUGCUGAGAUGCUUCAGAAUGGACUAAAUCCUGGGUGUGAUACAAUGCAUGCUGUCAUAGGUGCUUACACCAAAGAAGAGAAGUGGGAUUUAGCUUUAAAUUUGUUCCAAAGUAUGCUAAAUAGUGGAUUGAAGCCAAAUCUAAUUGCUUGUAAUUCUUUGAUAAACUCACUAGGGAAAGCCGGUAAGCUUAAAGAAGCAUUUAAGGUUUAUAAACAUAUGAAAUCCUUGGGCCAUACACCUGAUACGUACACAUGGAAUGCCUUGCUAGCUGCUUUCUAUAAGACCAAUCAAUAUGCUUUUGCUCUCCAGUUCUUUGAAAGCAUACAGAAAGAUUGGAGCUUUGAACCAAAUUUACAGCUAUACAACACUGCUUUAAUGUGUUGCCAGAGGCUUGGUUUUUGGGAGAAAGCUCUGCAGUUUCUUUGGAAAACGGAAAAUUCUGGAAUGUUAGUUUCAACUUCAUCGUACAAUAUAGUUAUUGGUGCUUGUGAGGUUGCUAGAAAACCAAAAGUUGCAUUACAGAUUUAUAAGCACAUGGAUCAGAAGAAGUGUGCCCCAGAUACUUUCACACAUUUGUCUCUAAUCAGAAGCUGCAUUUGGGGAGAUCUAUGUGAUGAAGUGGAGGACAUUUUAAAUGAGUCAUCACUUGAUGUAUCUCUUUAUAAUGCUGCAAUUCAUGGAAUGUGUCUUAGAGGGAGGAUUGAGUCGGCCAAGAGACUAUACAUGAAAUUGCGUGACGUUGGCCUUGUACCUGAUGGGAAAACACGGGCGUUGAUGCUUCAAUAUCUGCAACGUGUCAACUCAAGGCAGUUAAAAAAGAGCAGGUCGGCAGUACCUGCAAAAAGACAGCGAAGGAGGAGAAGUUAAGAAAAACAAGCCAUGAGAUGCAUCCUCUAAGCCAAUUACAACUGGAAGUUGUAGAAGACCCUGUAACGUGGUUCUAUGUUAUCAAGUGCUAGCUCAUGAACUGCAGGGCUUCUUCAGACAAGAAUGCAGAAGUCUAUAGGGAACGAAUAUAUCAUACGCAGUUGACAAAUGAUGGGAAGGACCAAGGACCUGCUCUGCUUGUUGAUAAACCAGUGUCGUGCUUUCUGUAGACAAAACAUCUUAUGUUACCAAAAUUGAGAAUAUAAGGAGUUAGGUAGCUCCUUCAUGCAUGCAAAGAACUAGAAUUACAGUAUUGAAAGUCAUAAUCGAUGGAUUGACAAAGUAUUGAUUGGCCAAAAAGACCUAUCAUCUUCAUCUGAUAUGAAGAAGAAGCAAUUGAAACUAUUCUCACUUCCAGAGCAGACAAGUUUCCAAUGUCUUUCCGUUCAAAUAGACAUAAAGAUAGAAGAGGAGUCACCUUCUCAGGAAGAGAGUCAGAACUAAGAUUCAGCCAUCAAGUUGGAUGAAGUCUCUGAGGAAAUUAAAGUAGCAUGACAGGAGCAGUGAUUUUAUUGAUGAUGUAUCACCUGCACUCCUAACUUGAGAAAUGAGGAGCGGCAUUCAUAGAUCUUGUAACAGUUGUACGUAAAGAGUUUGGGAUUUUGGAUCCUUAUCAAUUCAUCAAAGUUCAUGCAAUAGCGUCUGCCUUGGAUGUAGAUCUGGUAAUGCAAAUUGGUGAGUUUACUGUCAAAUAUGUCUCUACCUUGUUGGCAUGAACUACUACCAUUUGAACACAAUUAUGGUAUCAGAAACUGGUAUUGGGCUAGGGGAGUCGAUAAGCACACAUACUCUAGUUAUACAAGGAAGACAAUUUUUACAGCAAUAGCUUUAAAUAAUUGAAAUUGACGGUUUAUUUAUUUA